GGGAAAUCUGGGAUAUCUGGGAAAGGGGAGUCGGUGAAAACCCGGACUAAACCGGCAGAAAUCCCGACGAAGCCUCGUCCGUUACAGCGCGGGGGUUCCCGGCGGACGCCUCUCCUCCGUCUCUCCGCUGCUGGCUGCGGUUUUUCUCCCGGAUAUCUCCCAGGAUCCGCACGGGUGAUUGAAGUCAUCCGCUCUGUGCUGUGUUGGAGCUGGACUGAGCUGUGUUAGCAGACCAAAGAUGGACCAGCUGUCAGAUGAAGAGGUGGAGGUCAGGGAGGAAGAGGAGGAGGAAGAGGAGGACAGCGAUAAGGAGGACCAGGACCUGGAUAAGAUGUUUGGAGCCUGGCUGGGAGAGUUGGACAAACUCACACAGAGUCUGGAUGACGGUCGCCCGGAGCAGCCUCCUCAGCAGAAAGCUCCCCUCAGACAGGAGACCAACAUGGCCAACUUCUCCUACAGAUUCUCCAUCUACAACAUCAAUGAGGCACUGAAUCAGGGGGAGAACGUGGAUCUGGAUGCUCUCAUGGCUGAUCUCUGCUCCAUCGAACAGGAACUCAGCACCAUCAACACAAAACCAAACAGCGCCAGCAGCAUGGCUCGCCUGGGGCUGACCGACACCAAGGUCCGUCAGAAGCCUCCAGCAGGACGCAGUGGCAGGCAGCAGCCAGCAGGGGGCAGCAGUGCUGGUGGUGGUGGUGGUAGCAGUAGUAACAGUGUUAGCGGUGGGGGCGGCAGCAGCGGGGCAAGCAGUAGCAGCAGCAGCACCAGGGCUUCUCCGGCUGGCACUAUCAGAGCUCCCACCGGGCAUCAUGGGAGGCCGGCGCUGGCCUCUAACUUCAGUCUGGACGACAUCACAGCCCAGCUGGAGAAGGCAUCUCUCAGUAUGGACGAAGCCGCUCGUCAAACCUCGUCCCACUCUCUCAGCUCCGCCUCCACCUAUACGUCAGCCACGAUGCGGCGGCCCGGUUCCUCUCAGCGUCAGCAUCGUCGUACGGGAUCCGUUGGCACGGUCAGCGAACAUGAGGUGCGUUCCAUUGUCCACUCCUCACGCUCCUCCGUCACCUCGGCCUCUGGUGUUUCUGUUAACUCUGCUUCUUCCAUGGAUUCACUGGACAGUGUCCUUCGCUCCAACGAAUCAGACAGUCAGCAGCCCUCAGUUCAACCUGAAGGAGCGGGUCGAGGUCAUCACAGCACAGAGCACUCCUAUCUGGACAGGGAAACCUCUCUGAUUCUGAGAAACAUAGCAGGAAAACCUACCCACCUGCUGACCAAGGAGGAGCAGGCUGCCAAGCUCAAGGCAGAGAAUAUCCGAGUGGCCUUGGAGAAGAUCAAGGAGGCCCAGGUGAAGAAGCUGGUGAUUCGUGUUCAUUUGUCAGACGAGAGCUCAAAGACCAUGAUGGUGGAUGAGAGACAGACGGUCAGACAGGUUCUCGACAGUUUGCUGGAGAAAUCUCACUGUGGCUACAGUCCAGACUGGUCACUGGUGGAAACCAUCAGUGAGCUGCAGAUGGAGCGGAUCUUUGAGGAUCAUGAGAACCUGGUGGAGAACCUGCUGAACUGGACCAGAGACAGCCAAAACCGCCUGAUGUUCACGGAGCGCAUUGAGAAGUAUGCUCUGUUCAAAAACCCCCAGAACUAUUUGUUGGGGCGGAAGGAAACAUGUGAGAUGGCUGAAAGGAACAAGGAGGCUCUGUUAGAGGAAUGUUUUGGCGGCAGCUCUGUCUCCGUUCCUGAGAUGGAGGGAGUGUUGUGGCUGAAAGAGGAUGGGAAGAAGUCGUGGAAGAAACGCUACUUCCUGCUAAGGGCCUCUGGCAUCUACUAUGUCCCCAAGGGCAAGGCCAAGGCAUCCAGAGACCUGGUGUGUUUUCUCCAGUUGGAUCAUGUUAAUGUCUACCACGGCCAGGACUACAAGAGCAAGUACAAGGCUCCUACAGAUUACUGCAUGGUGCUGAAGCACCCUCAGAUCCAGAAGAAGUCGCAGUACAUCAAGUACCUCUGCUGCGAUGACGUCAGAACCCUCCAACAAUGGAUCAACAGUAUUCGCAUCGCCAAGUAUGGGAAGCAGCUGUACAUCAAUUUCCAGGAGGCCAUGAGGAGGACUGAGGCGGCCUACGAUUGGUCUUCCCUCUCGUCUUCUUCCAUCAAGUCAGGAUCCAGCUCCUCGAGCCUUCCAGAGUCCCAGUCCAACCACUCCAGCCAAUCGGACAGUGGCGUUUCAGAGAUGGCAUCAGCGGGCCACACCCGCUCCCAGAGUGUCGUCAGCUCCAUCUUCUCUGAUGCCUGGAGGAGAGGAACGCAAGGAGAGAUGAUGAAGAUCGACCCUAUCAGUAGGCCUAUCCCUCUCCAGAUACCUACCCUCUCACCCCAACCCCUCCCUAUCUCUCAGCCUCAGACCCCACCCUCCCGGACCAGCUACACUGACGGCCUCGUCCAAUCUGAGGAUUCCUCCCCAUCGCCGCCCUCGCCUCCUCCACCUCCACCUCCUCCCCCCGUCGCAAGUGUGGCCCAUCAGCCGGCACCUACCUCCUCAUACGUCAAGUACAGCACGCUGGCUCGUCUGCAGAGCCAGAACCAGACCAGGACACAGCCGUCAGGAGCCGCCCCGCUUGCCGUUCCCAUUCAGUCUACCAAACCUAACUACAAUACCCUCCCAGCCGCUUACAGCACCUCCCCUCCGUUACCACCAUCCCCCCCACCUCCACCUCCACAAACAGCGCCAGCUCCUGGCUCAGCCAUGGCCGCAUUGAAAUUUGGUCCAUCAAGCCCCUCUGCUCUCCCGCCACCACCCCCACCAGAAGAGGAGCUGCUGGAGCCCUCUUACCUCCCACCUCCUCCACCAGAGAACCUGGAGGCCAAUGGGUUGCCUCCUCCUCCCCCUCCAGAGCUCAUCCCCAACUCCUGCCCUCAACUCUCCAACACUGGCCUCCAGCAGUUCCUGGCACAAAAGUUUCCCAACAUGGUGUACGACUUUAGCCCAGCAGUACUCGAUGAUAAUUCUCCUCCUCCUCCACUUCCAGCUGAGCUUUCCCCUCCUGCCUCUCUGCAAACUCUCCGGCCUCUGUCACCCAGUGCUCCCCCUCCUGCACCUCCCAAAACAUUUACUGGUGGUUUUCCCCCUCAGACUGCUCCCAAACCUUCAGGUCCCUCUUCACUUCCAAUUGCCCUCUCACCUGUGUCACCAACACCUCCCCAUAGUGGCCACGGACCGGUUAAAAAGCAGCAAAGCUUCUCAACAGGACAUUCCCCAAAUCAGCCACCUCCCACUCUGCCAAAGCAGCACAGCCUCUCCUCCAAAAACCUUGCCCUCUCUCCUUCUUCUUCCUCUUCUUCUGUCUCCAUUGCGGCAGCUACCUCCUCUUUGGUCAAACAGAUCGUCAAUCAGUUCCCAGGAAGUGCCGCCCCUUCCUCUCUGCCUGCCUCCAACUCCAUGGAAGGAUCCAAGUUCACUGCUCCUCAGUCUCCUCCUGCGGUCAAGGCCAAACCUAAAUGGCAGCCAGGAGGCGUUGUGGCACAGUCCCCAGAGUUCCCCCCACCUCCUCCUGACAACUCCCUGGCAGAUUUUCCUCCUCCUCCAUCUUCAUCCUCCUCCAAGACGGGCUCCCCUAUAAAGAAGUCGCCCUCCACCUCGUCCACAGGAUCCACCAAGCGAGGGCCUCCACCAACCCCACAGAGAGCCUCCUCCAUCCGGUCCAGUUCAGGCGAGACUCAAGAUGAGAGGCCAAAGAAGGUGGAGAGCCUGGUCAACAAAUUUGGCCAAGCUCCUCAAACCAGUACCUCAUCUAACUCCUCAUCAGCGACUGGGUCUCCCUCAAAAGAUUCCUCUGUGCUUCCUGCUCCGCUACCUAAGCCGGGGAAGCUGAACUUGGCGAACCUCCCUCUGGCCCUCCAGGGCCUUCAAACAGGCCAGCACCAUCAACCGUCUGACUUCCCAUCUCCUCCUCCCCCACCUCCCCCCUCCCAGCCUUCCCACCUCGACUCAUCUCCCGACUACUUCCCGCCUCCCCCCAGUGACUCUGAGCUUUUCCCUCCUCCUCCCCACCCAUCAGAGUUCCAUCACCCCCCUAAAGUCGCUGUGGUGAAUCCCCAGCCUCAGAUGCAGCCACAUCAGCAGCCACCAACUUCCUCCUUGUCGUCAUGGAAACAAGGCUCACUGAAAAAGGGUGCAGUCCCUCCUCCAACACUGAACCGGCGAACCAGCAACACGAUCCAGUAUGAAAAUACAACUUCACUGCCCCUCUCACCACCUCCUCUGUCUCAGACACCACCUCCGUCCCUGUCCUCGUACUCUUCCUCCUCCUCACCUGUCCCGCCCACCUCCCCGAAAUCAGCAGGGCCAAGCUCCCUGGCACUAAAGCCACAUUUCCUGGAAGACCUCAACCGCACCCUAAAGAGGAAGUCAGUGUCUCGCCACGGCUCACUCACCUCUUCCCACCUCAUCUCCUCCUCUAAGAUGGAGCCUGUGGGCACCAUGGACGACAUGGCCCUCCUCCCGCCACCCCCUCCGGAGCUCCUGCAGCAGCAGCAGCACCAGCAGGGUGUCCGGGGACACUCCCACACUUUGUCUCGCCACCACACACACUCCCACUCCACCAAACAUGCCAACAUCUCAGGCUAUGCAACGCUGCGGCGAGGCCCGCCUCCCGCUCCUCCAAAAAGGGACCAAAGCACCAAACUGACCAGUGAGUGGUAGGGAGCAAGGACACUGGGUGGAGCCUAAAGAACUGAACUGACUGUUUAGGUCUCAUCGUUACUGCAGAGAAGAAAUAAUCAGUGUCUGUCUUGACUUGUCCGUCGUCUCUCCUCAUCCUAAACCAUCCACCCUUGGAUCUCCGAGCAAGUAGCAAGCCGUGUUUCCUUCUCCUAAUCUCAGAUUAUGAUUGUUCCUAUUAUCCUCAUUAUUACUAUCAUUACCAGUACAUGUUUAAUCCAAUGACAUGCGUAAAAAUAUAUAUAUGUAUAUAUAUCUGUAUACAAGCAAGCCAGAAAAAUCACCUAUCGAGCUUUUUUCACAAUGUCUGUGCAGCUUUGCAUUGAAAUAUACAAAAGACGACUUGAACGACAACGGCAACAGAGACAAUUUGCUGCAAAAUAACUGGUACUGCAUGGAGCCGCGGCAAUGGAAGUAACGCUACCGAUGAAGGGAAGGACGGAUCAGUGGAAGGACGUGAAAGUGAGAUGAUGUGUACAGAAAUGUUGGGGGGUGGGAGGGGGGCAGGGCACUCUUAGAGGGAGCAUUGCCAUUUAUUUCAAACCUUUUUGUGUGUGUGUUUUUAUAUAAGAUUAUUUAAUACUGGAAAGAUAGUUAUUAUAAUUAUUUUAAGUUUUUAAGAAGUGUCAGAAGAGAAUGAGUUUGACUGGACAUGGGUCUGUAUUCUCAAAAUACGUUGAAGUGUUGACCUGGUCUGAACACGUUUCUUUAAAAUCACAGCGUCAUGACUGAUUGGUUGGUGACUCCACAGGGAAAAGACUCGAUGCUUAAAGUGAUUUUACAGAUACUUCUUGUAAAUCAGCUAGAGAACCACCAUGUAAGGUUGUGCUCAGAUUACAGGUUUACAGGUUUUUAAAAUCUGAACCAGUUUUGAAAUCAAAUUGUUCUAAGAAAGAUUAUUACAGUCAUUAUAGCAGAGGGAAAAAUACAUGUGUUGUUCUCACGUCUUCCCGUCCCUCUGCCUUUUCUUCCUCUCAGCUGUCCAAACAGCCCAUCCAGAUUCACGUGUUCAUUUCAAUCAGAUUUGAAUUAUCUGCACUGCCCCAGAUGGACUGGACCAGGGCCUCCUGUAGUCUGAGCUCAGCCUUAACACAUCAGUCACUCCACAUAUUCAUGACAGACAUUAUUACCACCCUGUUUUAACAGACUCUGUUCCAUUAAUUCAUCAGUGAGUCAGGCAGCUUUGCAGUUGGUGUUUGGUAGCCUGUAGACCAAGCAGCUAGUCAGCUACAACAAACUCUGUCUGAAAGAAGGUGAUCAUCAGUUUGCUAGUCAAUAAAUCAGUCACGUGUUUGUGAUCUUAACGACUGGUCAGUCACUUUGUUAGUUAUUAAAGGUGUGAGUCCACUUAGCAUCUUUAGUGAUCAGAGUAGCCGUGAGGAACAAGUGCCUGAAAAACAAAACGCCCAAACUGCUCACAUCAUAUCCUGCACAAAGCUUUACCUUCAACGAUGCCACCUAUUAGGCUUCUGAAAUUUUGAAGCCGGGAGUUUAGGUUUACCAUUCACACACUGCCAUGUUGCCAAAAACACAAUCCUAAGGAGGAGCUGAUGAGAGACAGCAAGCAGCUGUAAACAUGGUGAGAGUAAUAGGUUUAGACACCUGUCAGCGCAGAGAGAAUACUGUCUCCUUAAUCAUCAUGACAGCUCAUAUUAGAACAGGUCAAGGUACAUUUGUAAACCAACACUUAAAUCCAUUGGGUGCACAAUUAAAAAACAACAAAGUUUUCCUCUAGCGCCCCUCAGGGGUCAGUAUCAGAAAACACGCUAUGGCAGACGACAGUGCCCAGAGGCCUCGUGCAAGUGCAGGAGUCUCCUGUUAAAUUCUUUACAUUUGCAUCUAGGGCUGCAAUUAACAAUUAUUUUCAUAAUUGAUUAAUCUGCAGAUUAUUUUCUCUAUUAAUCGUUUGUGUCUUGUCAGAAAAUAGUGAGAAAUGCCCGUCAAUUUCACACAGCCCACCCUCACGUCAGCAUACGUCUUGUUUUGUCUGACCAACAGUCCAGAACUCAAAGUUCUGUUUCUUCCUAAAAUUUUAAUUUAUGUUGUUGUACCUUUAAACUCCUGCCUCCUUCAUUGUGAUACAUGUUUUUGGGAAUGAGCGACAAACAUUGAGCCUCUUGUGCAUCUUUUAGCCAAAUUUCAACCAAACUGUGUUUAUAUUAAAAGCUGAUCUCAUUAACUGAUUAGUCAAUCCACAGAAAAUUAAUCUACAACACAACAACAAAAACUGCAGCACUUUUACUAUUUACAGGGUUUUUUUAAGCUUUUUUUUUACUGUCCAUGUUAGUAAAUUCAAAACAUUUGGAUUUUGUACUGUUGGUUGGACAAAAUGAGUUAUUUAAAUAUGCCCACUUCUCUCUACUGACAUCAACCUAAAGUGCUUUGAGGUUCCCAAACAAAACAGGAAGACUGCUCUUCUAAGGGAAAAAAAAUAGAAACAACAGCUGGUGCCAGCAGGCAGCACCCUAAAAGCUGUGGCACUUAGAGAUACAGCCUGAGUCACUUUGGUAAUCGGCUGUUUAGCUUUUCUAGUGUGUCAGUGCAUAAUGUUAGGUAUGAUUCUGGGUUUUAGCAACAUGUUUGAAAAAUGUUGUCUUAGUAAGGUAGAGUCAUGUUAGUUAGCCGGUCAGUCAGUGGAGCAGCUACAUCACAUUAGACAGCCAGCUGGAUGAAGCCAGUCGGUUAAGUAGCCUGCUGUUCUAUCCAAACAUCCUUCCACACACACUUAUAGCUACAGAAACAUUGUCUGUCAUUUUAAAGAUAUAACUGUGUCUAGAUCAGCUGUUAAAGGCUCUAUCAGUUCCUUGUCAUCUUUUUUUUUUUGCAUUUAAUGUGCACCUGAACUUAGAUCUGUUUCCUGUUUUAACCUCUGUUGCAGCCACUAGAUUAAAACUAUCUGCAUGACAUGUCACCACCACCGGUGCAACAGCACAGAUGCCAAAAAUGUAAGAUUACUGCCCGACUAUUUUUGAUUUUUAAUGUGCAAUCGUUUCUGCUUUUGAAUUAAUCUGACUUAAUUUUAUUGUGUAAUUCUGGUAACAAAAUGAUUUCGGUUCGUUUUUACAUCAGACUCGUCUGUUCUGUGAUAUUGUCUGAAGGGAGAAUUCAUCUGAAAGAAGUACUUCCUAUGCCCACUGCCCUGCAGGAAAAUAAUCACAAGGCCUGGAUCACGGCGUGUUUCAGUGACACUCAAGAGCAACAUACAGUUUAAAACUGAUCAAUGUCUUGAAAUGUCUUUUGCUGAAGGACACCCAGCAGACCACGUGGCUGUUACUGGUGUCAAACCUGCUGUUGCAUUUAAAAUAAAGGAGA